AUGUAUUUUUUUCUCAUCACAACUCUUUCCGCAGGUCUCACGGAAGGCUGCCUCCGGACCUUUGCUCUUCGCAUCCGCACAGUCCAUCUCCCCCCAGGAGACACUCUCAUUCACGCGGGAGGUCUCCUCACUUGCCUCUACUUCGUGGAACAGGGCAGUCUGGAGGUACUUGAUCCCCAAGACGGCGCCAUUCUUGCGGUCCUCUCAAAAGGCGAUUUCUUCGGCGGUCUUCCACCCCUUCAAAAACGAUCUCAGCACGUGCUGACAGCAAUGGCUUGCGGCCUCAUUACCGCUAAGUCUCGCUUUAUCGUGCGUGCUCUAACCUAUUGUGAUUUACAUUACGUGGAGCAAGAGGAGUUGGCUUGUCUGCUGCACAACUAUCCUGAACUUAUUGACAAUCUGGUGGCGCAUUUUGAGCUUACUAUGCCACUGGCGGGGAUCGGAAAGUAUCUUACAGAGGCGGUGAGUCAGUAUUCAUUCGUUUCUUGGCAGUGGUUAUUUGGAUUUCAUACUCGUAACUUCUUGAUCUAA